CGAUGACUUCGAAAAGAAAGUUGGAAGAAAACUUAGAUGGCAACAAAGUGUCAUCGAAAAAGUCUGUGCCAUUUUGGAAGACGGGUCUUCUUUCUUCAAUGCAUGAUCCAGAACUACAGGUUUACAAGGAUGACAAACUGAUAAUUAUUAAAGAUAAAUAUCCCAAGGCAAAAUACCAUUUUUUGGUGAUGCCAAAAGAAAACAUUCCUAACUUGAAAAGUUUAAAGAAAGAAAAUAUUGAUCUGCUAAAGCACAUGCAUGAGAAAGGAAAGGAAAUGGCUGAAAAGUCAGACGCAGAUUUGAAGUUUCGUUUAGGAUACCAUGCUGUUCCAAGUAUGAGCCAGCUUCAUUUGCAUGUGAUCAGCCAAGAUUUUGAUAGUCCCUGCCUGAAGAACAAGAAACACUGGAAUUCCUUCACCACAGAAUAUUUUGUUGACUCAGAAGAAAUUAUAAAAGAACUUGAGAAGAAUGGGAAGGUUGUUAAAGAUGUUGCCUCUUCACAGGAACUGUUAAAGAAAGAUCUCAGAUGCCAUGUGUGUAAAAAAGAGAUGAAAACAAUUCCAGCACUGAAAACACACAUCAAAGAACACAGUUACAAGAAAAGCUGACAGAUAAUCUUGAAUCACAUCUAGCAUGAGAAACCCUUCAUAUUAUACAACAGCUUGAUGAUUGGAAGUAACAUUAUACAGUAUUCCUGAUGCAUGAGAUGGAAUGUUGAACAAAUGACACCAUUAAAUUUGUGCGUUUAUGUCCAAUAUCUGCAAACCAGGGUUGUGCUGGCUGGUCACUGUAAUUUAUUUUUGUUUUGAAUUCCAUUUUUCUAUCUACAUAGGUUAAUGAUUAUUUAUUGUCCUCAGUACAAGCAAAACGAUCUACUUCCUUCAGUUUGUCUAUAUAGCAAUCUAAAACCUAAAACCAUGUAAAUGUCUGUAACCAUGUAAAUGUUAUUGACUUUGAGAUGCAAAACCUGAUAGUGUUCAAUUUGACACAGAAGAUCUAAAGAGUAUUUUGUAACCAUGGCCAUAUAUAAUAUGCUUACUUCUGUUUGAGAUAAUUGGACACUAUAAGUAUAUAUGUUGUCCUUUAAAUCUGUUAAAUAAUGACAUCAAUUUUUUUACAGCAAUAAUUAGGGCCCCGCAAGGAUUUGCGGAUGCCAUAUAGUAAUCACUCUGUUUGUCUGUCUGUCUGUCUGUGUGUCCGUCUGUCAAUCUUCCGUCCAAAAAUUUUCUGUUUUUUUUCUAAUAACUUUUUUUUAGGGUUGACCAAUUAACUUCAAAUUUUGUAUGUUGGUUGAAAAGGCAGUAAGACAUAUUUUGAUGCUAAGUUUGGUUCUCUAUUUCAUCCGGUUUGGAGCUGGGGUGGUGGGGUAGAUUCCUUAACUUUAUAUAAGAGUGAAUGGGCAAAGAGAGAUAACUGCUGAGAAUGUUCUUAUUGUAAACUAGGAAAGGUUGCAAUGAGUCUCUUGGGAUGAAUUAACUUUCCUCUUGAAGAAAAUCCAAAGCAUUUAUCUUUAUCUGCCACAUUGAGAUUAAUUAACACUUCUGUCUGCAAAUGAAGUUUGUUUUGAAAUUAAGGUCAAUUCUGAAUGAUAUUUACAUUCUCUGAAAUGUGGAUUUAAAUAAUGUUCAUACUUUAUUUUGGUAAAAUACACAAUGAGUUAUGAUUUUAUUGAAUUCUAAAAACAAGAUAUAGAUAAAGAUAUCUUUCUUUCUUUCUUUUUUUCUGCCUUAUGUAAAUUCAAGCAUACUACUUAUUUUAACAGGUAUUCAGAUAAUAACCUCAUUCUAUCAUUGCUGAAAAAGUUCUUAUUGUUAACUUAGAAGAAAAUGUUGAGAGAGCAGUAUAAUUAAUCCCCUGAAGUUUGAAUUUCUUGCUGCUUGCAGAAAAUUUUAGAGGGUUAUCUCUCUGUCACUUUAAGUUUGAUUAACACCUUUAUCUGCAACUGAUGUUUGUUUUGAAUUUAAGGUCAAGCCUUGGUGAUAUUUGUGUUCACUGAAGGCUGGCAUUUUAGAAAACACAUGCUUCAUUCUUCUUUAAAUAUACAUUUUAUUGAGUUAUUAUAGAUAUGAUGUUUUUUACUGUGUUAUGUAAGUACAAGGAAACUAUUUACAUGUUGUUGGAUAUUUAGCAAAUGCUGUUGCUUAUUCUUCUUUAUAUUUUUUUAAAUUUUUGUAAUCAAGUAAAAUUCUCAUCCCUUAAUCUGCACCCUUAUAUUUCUACCCCUCGGUGGGGCCCUUGCUGACUGGUCAGAUUUCUAGUUUAUGUUAGGAUCUAAUUUCUUGUGGCCAUAUAUAUACUAGCAUUUUAUUCCAAUCAAUAGGGACAAGUGAAGUAUUUGUUGGAGCCUUAGAAGCAUAGUGUUAAUCAAACAUGGUACUUAUCUAACAUAGACUAUGUCAAAAAAAAGUGUUAAGCAAAUAUAUGAAUAGUAUGUUCUCUUUUGUAUAAUAUGACACUAUAAAUUGUGAAAGGUUACUUUUGUAACAUCUGUUAAUGAUGGUUUGAUUUAUAAUACCUUCUCUUAUGGUAAUUUGUUCAAUGUAAUGUUUAAUGUAAUGCAUAAUUGAUUUUAGGGCUAGCCAGUUUAUCAUCCGGCAGCCCUAAGGCCGUGGCCUCGUUCGCUAACAACAAAAAAUAAAUCUUACUUAACUUU